AGGAUGUUUUCCCUGUGCUCCAGCACGGGGAGGUCGGCGCGUGGAUGUGAUUGGCUGUUCGGAUAGAACGCUCGGACUCAACCAAUCGCGAGCUCCGUCGGGAAGGGAAGCGAGGGCUGCCGGGUUGCAGGCCCCGCCCGGCGGCCAUUUUGUAGCGGGAGGGAGGGGCGGGGAUGAUUGAAGACCGGCCGCCGCCUUCGGGGCGCCCCAUGUCCGUCGGCCGGCGAGAUGCUGCGGCUGCGCUGUAAGGCCCGGAGCGGCUCCUUCGCGCUGCCGGGGCUCACGGCCCACUCCCGCCUCCGAGAGCUGCAGGCGGUGAUCGCGGCCCUCACCGGGGUGCCCGCCCAGGCCCAGCGCCUGCUGCUCGGCUUCCCUCCCCGCGACGUCGACCUCAGCGACGGAGAGCAGCGCCUCGGAGAGCUGGGCAUUCACUCCGGUGACACUCUUAUAGUUGAAGAAGAUGCAACCAAGCCCAAAACUGAGCCAGCUAUAGUUACAAAACGAACUGCUUCUAAUUCAUUCAGGGAAGCUCUCCCAGUGCUUGCCCGGAAGGUGGUUCCAGCAGAUAACUCAUGUCUCUUUACCAGCAUAUAUUAUGUAGUAGAAGGUGGGGUUUAUGAUCCAGGAUGUGCUCCAGAGAUGAGAAAUCUCAUAGCCCAGAUUGUAGCAAGUGAUCCGGAAUCCUAUAGUGAGGCUGUACUAGGGAAAACUAAUCAGGAAUACUGUGAAUGGAUAAGAAGAGAAGAUACGUGGGGAGGUGCAAUUGAGGUUUCCAUCUUAUCUAAAUUCUAUCAAUGUGAAAUUUGUGUAGUGGACACUCAAACAGUCAGAAUUGAUCGUUUUGGGGAAGAUGCUGGCUAUGCUAAACGGGUGCUUUUAAUUUAUGAUGGUAUUCACUAUGAUCCUCUUGAGCGUAAAAUUCCCAAUUCAGAUGUUCCUCCCCAAACAAUCUUUUCAGCAUCUGAUGACAUCGUGCUUGCACAGGCUAUGGAAUUAGCAGAUGAAGCCAGAAGAAAGAGACAGUUUACUGAUGUAAAUCGAUUUACACUGAGAUGCAUGGUAUGUCAGAAAGGAUUAACAGGGCAAGUGGAAGCCAGAGAACAUGCCAAGGAAACAGGACAUACCAACUUUGGAGAAGUGUGAAUUUUCUGUGAGAUUGAUCAUCCCUGCUACCUCACUGAUCCAGAGAAAACCUCUAAAAUCCUAAAUAAGCUGUAUGUAAUCGUAUGAAAUCCAUUCAGGGUUUGAAGCCCCCAACUUAGGUAUGAAUGAUAUGCACAGAUUUGCUGUGGUUAGUCUCAAAAGUUUACAAGCGUGUAUGCAGUGAUUUUCCAACUAGUUUGGAAUGUAAGUUUUGCAUGUCUUAAGUAUUAGGACAGCUAUUGAUACAAAUCAACAGCUGCAAGAAUCCAAGAACAUAAUGCAGGAAUUCCUCUGAAACACUGCUGUAGCUAGAUGAAAUUGUACUUCAGAUUAUGGGUGGAAUAAAAACUGAAGCUCAUUUACUAAGUUAAGGUGGCCUCCAUUAGAAUUUGGCAAGGUUACUUAUUUCAGUCUUGUUUAUUAAAAAGAUAUGUAUACUUGUAAAAUUAAAUGCAGAUCAGCCACACAGUUGCCUCUUAAAUACAGUAAUCCCAAAGCACAUCACUGGGUAACAGUACCAUAAGUGUAAAAAAGGGUGUCAUAAAAGCCUUUAGCUUGUAAGUUCUUGUCCACAGCUUUCUUAGGCCCCUUUCACACACUGACCUUUAUCCCAGGAUCUGAUCCCAGAUUGUCUGCUUUGAACCAGAUUAUAUGAGUCUCAGAUAAUCUGGGAUAAACAGAUAAUCUGAGAUAAGAUCCUGGGAUAUAGGGGGAAUGUGGAAGGGGCCUUAGAAAGGGAGUAGCUUCCAGUUAGAUCACACAUUUUCUUCAUAUUGGUAUGUAUUAAUAAUAUUUUAAACACCUGUUGGUUGUUUAGAUGCUUAUGUAUAUUUAUGAUAUGCCCUUCAACAUUACUGAAAUUGUAACAGUUUUCAGUAAUAUAAAGCUAAUUUGUUUUAAGCCGCUCACUUUUAUAUUGAAGGUACAGAAUUUGGAGGCUUGUGUCAUGGCUCCCAAAUUGCCUUUUGCACUUAAUAUGAAACUGAUCAGGAACAGUUUGAUUCCAAGAAAUCAUUGAGCAUUUAAUAAUAGCGGUGUCCCUCACGACUGCUGGUUUUCUCCCAUUGGAAUGGGUACCCUUCAGACAAGAUGAUCCUCAGAACUAUGCCGUUCUGUGGUCCGGAAUGAAGAGCAUGAUUUUGUUAUUCUUCGAUACCAAUUGAAAUUGGUGCUUCUUUCUAAGAGCAGAAGUUCUUGACUUCUACAUCACUUUUAGCUACUUGCUAAUGGGUUGCCAUUAGAAACUGGAGAUCUUCCACUCUGCUUAACUUCCACUUCACAAAGUUAGACUGUGUAGUUUUCAGCUGCUGAAAAUAGUAACUAGGUAACAUCUAACUGGUUUAUAUAAGCUAUUUUUUACAUAGGCUGUUUGGAAUUGGGGUUUGAGCUUUUUUGAUAUUUGCAUUUUACCAGAUGUUGAGUUAUGGCAGCUGUAAUGAGUUGAAUCCUCUCACUUAAAAGAAUUUUGUUUAUAUGCAGAUUUCUUUUUAUAUAGACAGGUUGUACUAAAUCUGUGGGCCUCUUUCAAAUUUAUCCUUGAGGCUAAUUUAAAUUAAAUUAACUUAGAACUAAUCUUAAAAAUGCAAGUGAUACAGAAUUUAAGAGGAUGAGUUGUUGCUAGAUGCUUAAAAAUGACUUUUAUGAGUGUUAAUGAAUUAGAAAUAAAGCCACAUAUUAUAAUUAAGAAAUCAGACAGUGACAUUGAGGUAGGUGUUAUAGGUGGCCACUAUUAAUGUCAUAAAGUAUUAGGGAAAAGAUUCAAUUGACUUUUCUGUAAUCAGUUCAGUUGGUAUACUAGCUGGGGAUAAAAAUUUCAUUUUCCUUUCUGCACAGGAAAUGUGAAAAUAAAUGGUUAGGAUGAUAUAAAAUCAUUAGUGUAAAUAACAAGGAUUUGCGAGCUAAGACGGUUUGUUGAGCCAGCAUGGAUUUUUAUUAUGCAAGGGGCUUUUUGUGGUUUAUCACAUUAUGUCAGCUACAUUUUAGGAUAUUACUUGUUCCUUGGGUAUUAUUUUUCGCACUACUUGGUUCUGUUUCUGAUUAAUUUUCUAUGGGAUGUGGUGAAAUGUACUACAAUACGACUCCCUUCUCCAUGGAUUUAAUACCCAUGGUUUCACCUAUCCACAAUCCCUAGAAGUGUUUGUGAUCCUCUCUAGGUCCUCCAGGUAAACUGUUGGCCCAAGUAUUGUCAAAAUACAGUGUUGGCUGUUAUCAACGGUUUCAGUUAUCCACGAGGUCUUGGAAUGUAUUCUCUGCAGAUAUAUCGGGAGUAUGUGUACUGUAUUUUUAAACAUAUUAAGCUCUCUUUUCUGUCAUAGGUAAUAAUAAUACUUUAUUUUUAACCCGCCCUUUCUACCCAAAGGGACUCAGGGUGGCUUCCAAAACCAAAAAAUGGCAAACAUUCAAUAGACAACCAUAAGUACCCAUUAUCUUUCAGACAUCCAGUUCAACUAGAUGAGCCGUCAUCAGUUAUGGUUAAUUGUAAUUCUUAUUACUAAAAGUGGAAAUUAAUUAAUUGGCUCCUAUUGUUUUCAGUAGGGUGUAAUGUCCAGUGCAUGUCUGCUCAGAGGUACUGUAUAUACUCAUGUAUACAUUGAGGGCCGGUGUUGAGGGCAUAAUUGUGGGAUUUUGAUGUGACCCAUUGAUUAAUUGAGAGUAAUUCUUGGAAAGGGGAAAGUGCUAAUGUCACCUAGGGGACAGUUGGCCUUGACUGCUACUACCACCAUUUCCCCAUCUAGACAUUAAAAAAGGCUACAAGUGGCACCACAAUGGAGAGCACUGAGGGAGUUGAUGGUUCUUUUAGGUUCUCUUGGACAAGGCUAAACUCUUGCCUUUUGCCACUCUACUCAGAAAGGGGAUGGUUCCUUUUUAAAAAAGAAAGGAAUGAAGUACAGUAAUCACAUAGAUAAAAUGACAAUAGUUUUUUUGGGCUGAAUUUUUGACUAAAACUUCUAGACUUAUACAUGAGUAUAUAAGGUAAGGUCCACUUUGUCUAAUAUGAUUUAGACACAGGAAACUUUAGAAUUACAACCUGUGUUACAGUGCUUAACUGAACAUGGACUCCUAAGUGCUUAUACAAUUUUGACUAUUCUUGUAAUAUUUUUCCAGAAGCCUUAAUUCAAGGUGGAAAUUGUGCGGCCCUCCAGAUGCUGCUGAACUGCACCUCCCAGCAUUCCCAGCCAUUGGCUCUGUUUGCCAGGGCUUCUGAGUCUUGCAGUUCAAUACAAUCUGGAGGGCUACAAAGUUCCCACUUCUUGCCUUAACUGGACAAACUAAAUGGGACCAUGCUUCCAGAAGAUUGCCUAGGUCAUACUUACUUUGGUCAAAGGGAACAAUGGGUGAGAAGAAGGAUAUGCCGUGUCUUUACUUGAUUUUGGCUUAAGCAAUCUAUUUCCCACCCCCAAAGGAAUAUAAGUAAUAAUGACACUGAUAAUCCCCUUUAAUGUUGGACUCAAUAAGGCAGGAAUCCUAUGCACUUUUACAUAAGAGUAAAUCCCGUUGAAUGCAGUGGGAUUACUUCUGAGUAUACAUGCAUAAGAUUGCCUUGUUAAAGGUUCUUAAUACAUGUGCAUUAAGCCUCUCCUGGUAGAUCUUUUUUUUUUUUUUUUUUUUUUUUUGCAAAUCUAUGUAUUUUUUCUAAGGAAAAAUUGGUUUUAAAAUCAUGCAAAACACUUGAGUUGGUGAACUGGAGUGGUUAUUUAAAUCAUUGUUCAAAAGCCAUACAUUUAAAUCACUUGGGAGGGUUCAUUACUGUAGGAUCUCCAAAUGAAUGUGUUGGAGAUAAAAAUGUUGAUUCGAGGUAUAAAAUGCACUUAAGAAAAAAUGACUGAAAUAGAUUUUUUAAAAAAUCUUGAAGUUCUUUUGAUCAUGCUACUCUUAUUCCGUAUGUGCCAGCAUGUAGGGAUCUGUACAUUGGACUCUCAAUACCAGGGUUCGCUUCCCCAUUUGAGCAUAGAAAUCUGCUGCUUGACCUUUGGCAAGUCACACUCUGAGCCUCAGAGGAAGGCAAUAGCAAACCUCUAAACAAAUUCUGUCAAGAAAACUCUAUGAUAAGGGUUAACAUAAGUUGGAAAAGAGUGAAAGCACACCACAACAACAAAUCAUUAUAGACUUACUUUGCCUGUUUGCAAAAAUAAGCCCACUUAUUUCACAAAUGUACCUUAUGCUACUUGGACAGAGGUGCCAUUAGAAGUCAAUUUAUUUUGUAAGCUUUCUAUUUCUGUUUUAAACUAUACUGUACAUGCAUUUUGCGUUUUUACUACAAUACUUUUAUGUUACACUUGAGAUGUAUUGGGUAAACUAUUAUGUUCUAAAUAGUCUGCAUCUGUCUUAAAUAGUGGAACAGUGUUUGCUUUAACUCAACUUUAACAGCAGUAUUAUGUACCCACAUUAUUUAAUACCAGUUAAGAUAAAAUGUAUUCACAUGUAACAUUGAUUUGCUGAAAUUGUACUUGGAGUGUUGUUACAUUUACACGAAAGUGGCCAUCAAUUGAAUCUCAAUGUAUACAAGGCACAUAAUGUGUGGAAUGCUAAGAACAUCUUUGUUGAGGCAGGACAUUUUGUCCAGUUAUUGCUGGAAAUCAUAAACUCAUAACCUGUGCAAUAAGAUAGUGAUCAUCUCCUGUUUAUCUCUAGCAUCUGGCUAUCAAAUGGAGCUUCCAUUUAGUUUUGUUGUUUAAUAGCCUUCAAUAAACCUAUUCUCUAAGCUAA